UUCCUAAGUCUAUGAUUGUAAAGAGCUGUGGUUCAGAAUAUGUUAUAACCUAGAACAUUGAAUUACUUUUAUUAUAUAACUUAAAUAAAUGUAGACUUCUAUAUAGGAAAAUAGCCUAAAAUUAUUUUGUUUACAAAAUUAUUUUUUUUUUCUUAUUUAAGUUUUGUUUUUGCAUAAAAGGAGAUCAGUUGAGUAUGCUUUUAUUAAAAUCUGAGAUAAGUAUAGAUUGAACUAAGCAUAUAUUGGAAUAUUUAUGUAAUGAAAGAGAGAAUUUAUGAAUAACACAAGAGAAAGUAUAGAAGAUUUGGAUAAUGUAUCUUCAUCAAAACAAGCUAAAAAUACAUCUUUCCAAACUGCUUUUAGUAACUUGAAGAAAUCUGAGUUUUACAAGGAUUUUUCAGUUCCUAAGCCUGAAACUUCUUUGGCAACAGUUUUAAACAAAGCCAAUAUUGUCUUUGUCAGCCCAAAGCAGAAAGGCAAUCCAUUGCUGAAGUAUAUAACAAAUGUACCAUGGGAGUAUUCCGACAUUGUGCCAGAUUAUGUAAUGGGAAAAACUACAUGUGCUCUUUUCUUAUCAAUCCGUUAUCACCAGUUGAAUCCUGAUUAUAUUCACGAAAGACUUAAAUUGUUGGCUAAUGCUUACAACUUGCGUGUGCUCUUGGUACAAGUUGAUGUCGCCGACCCUCAUCAUGUUUUGAAACAUCUAACAAGGAUUUCUAUUUUGGCAGACAUGACACUAAUGUUAGCAUGGAAUGCGGAGGAUGCAGGCAAAAUUAUUGAAAUUUAUAAAAUAUAUGAAAGCAAACCUCCUGAUGAUAUCAUGGAACGUAGCGAUACAGCACCUCAUCAAAAAUUAAUUAACGCUUUAACAACAGUGAAAUCUAUCAACAAAACCGAUGCAACAACUCUUUUAACAACUUUUGAUACAUUAGCUGACAUUGUAAGAGCACACCCUAAUACUCUGGCUUUGUGUCCUGGAUUUGGUUUGCACAAAGCUCAAAAGCUUCAUAGGAUUUUGCAUGAAUCUUUUCUACGCACUCCAAAUCUCUCUACAAAAUAAGUAGAGAAAUAAAAUUUAUCAGUAUCUAUGUUUAUUGAGUAUAUUACAAUUGUGCUGAAAUAAUCAUUAAAGUUAAAAUACACGCGCGCGCGCGCGCGAACACACACACACACACUCACACACACACACACACACAC